AUGCUUCGCACGUUCGCCUCGUCGUCUUCCCGCGCUAUCCGUGCCGCCCGCGCCGUCCGCUUCAACUCGACCCAGGCGGCCCCGCAACAGUCCACAGCUUACAUUGUCGAGCGCACCGCCAACGGAACCCUGCCCGUCUACUCGGACGUCAAGGGCAACGCCACCAGGACCAUCAUCCGGAGGAUUCGGGGGAGCGCCGAGGGAGAGCUGAACGAGUACCUUGCCGCCGGACACAUUGACCCGAUCACGCCGGCGCCGAGUGCGAUUCUGAAGCCGACCUCGCGCCAGAUCGAGGUGAAGGGCCGCUGGGUCCCCGAGCUCAAGGCGUGGCUCGAGAUGAAGGGCUUCUAA